UUUGAAGAUUGUAAUAAGGCAUACUCUAGGCUAGAGAACCUGAAGACCCAUGUACGUUCACACACUGGUGAGAAACCUUAUAUGUGUGAGUUUCCAGGCUGCACCAAAACUUUUAGUAAUGCUUCAGAUAGAGCCAAACAUCAAAACAGGACCCAUUCAAAUAAGAAACCAUAUGCUUGUAAUGCUCUGGGUUGCACUAAACGCUACACUGACCCUAGCUCACUCAGAAAACAUUUUAAAACUAUCCAUGGUCUAGAGUUUUGUGCUAAUAAGAAACAUAAAGGGAAUCAAAAAAGAGGUUCAGAAGGAGUUGGAUAUAAUUAUAAAGCUGCACCUGGAAGUACUGAUGGAAGUCCUCAUUCUGAUGAUGGUAUAGGAAGCAAACUCUCCAGUUUAUCAAGUCCCACUAUUAAACCUGAGGAACAGGGAUCUCCUCAACAGGAUGGCAAUUUAAGUGGUGAUGUGGAUCAGGAAGUUUCAAGUGCAUCAAACCAGGCAUUUUUUGAGGGACCUACUAGUGACAAUAGUGUUUCAACAACAAGUGUAGAAACUGAAAAAUUCUGGGAGUUUGUGGAAAACCCUGAUUUUCAAGUUGAAAAACCUUUACCUGGGAUUGCAUGUGCUGUGUCACCAAAUAACCAGAAAGCAAUGGCAGAAAGUAAUAUUUGCAACAGACUAAAGAGCAAAUUUCAAUUGCAUUUCAAACUUGGAAGUGCAUGGUUACCAAACAUUGUCCCAACAAGAGGGACCCUCUCGACCUUUUCAUUGGGAUCCCACUCUGUGGCGGAUGUUGCCUGGUCAGGUUCUGAGACAUCCCAAACAGGUUUCCGAAAAAACAGUUGUAGCAGUAGCACAGUUAGCUCAUUUUGUAGUAGCAUGUUUUCAGACAACAAAUCAAACAUCAUCAGCAAUGACAUUUCUAGCACUCAGGGUAGUCAAGUUUCAGGAGUAUUACAUGGCAGAGGUAUUGAUGAAGCUCAUUAUGAAGCAACAUCUUUGUACAGCUCACAAAGAUCUAGUGGAGUAAGUAGUCUCUCAGGAUUGUCAUCUGGGGUGGAAUCACAACUAGAACAACUCCACUCUAAAGCACAAUCUUCACAACACCUCAGCAGCACAAGAAAUCUCAUAGUGCAACGACACAGUGAAAAUAUGGCUUUACAGGCAAGAAUUAUGCCCAAUCAAAUCACUGUAUUAGAUCAAGGUUUUACUUCUAGUGAAAAGAAAGUUAAUGAUGCAUUGCAACCUCUUGGUGCUAAAGAAGAGACUGCUGGACAAGCUGAACAAGGUGUAAACAGUUUAACUAGGCUAACAACAUUACCUCCAAUAGGCCAGUCCAGUUGGUCAAAAACACCUAGUGGUUUUAGUAGCUACAAUAGAAGUCAUCAUCCAAACCAAGAUGUAGUUUUAGAAGACUUGGAGGAAGACAAACCCAUUGAAGCAAACAAAGAAUUAGUGCUACCUGAUGAAAUGAUGCACUACCUUAAGCAAGGUACUUGGUUGGAACAACCACAAUCUCAGUUGAGUCAUGCAGUGUCUAGUGUAAGUCAAUAUGAUGAAUUGCAAAGAAAGAAUGCUACAAUGACAUGCACACAGCGUAACAAUAACCAGGUCUUAUCUUCUAACUGUACAUUUGAAAGAUAUCUUAUGACCACUACAAAUAAUACAUUGAGUUCUUCAGUAGUUAGUGCACCAGUGUGUCACCUGGGUAGUAAUCCCCUAUCAAGUAGUUCACACCACCAGCAAACAAACUCAUUUCAACAAAAACAUUCUAGAAACCAGAUUUCUGAAAGCCAAGAGCAAGCUAUCUUCAUGACUUCUAGUUCCAGUUCUACUUCUUUGGGAGCUACUCACUACCGCAAUUGUCAACACCAAAAGUAUAACACACAUCCAAUUCCAGCUCAGAAUUGUUUUCAACAUUUAAGAACAGGAUGUGUAAACCAUCAAAUAGGUGGUUUAGAUUCAAGUCAUAGUGAAAACACCAGUGCAUCCAAUAUAAUUCAUUGCCACCCAAGAGGAUCCAAUACACAAGCUCCUGUUCUUCUUCCUCUAAUAAUACCUAAUUCUAAUACUACCAUUCCUCAUAACCAACAAUCAUAUUCUCGUACUGAUUCUUUGUGGAUUCCUUCACAUCAAUUUAAGAAAUAUUUAACAAAUCCUCAAUAUCAGCAAAUCCAGCAGUACCCUCAUCAUUUAAAAACAUCUCAACAACAACCUAAAUUAUCCUUACAAAAACAGACCCAGAGUUAUCCUCAGCACAUGCCACAACAGCAGUUUCAACCAUUUUCACAACAUCCACAGCAUUACCUUUCAUAUGGUACAAGUGAAUCCUUUAUGCAAUCUCCUCGUCAGGUUUUCCCAUAA